GGUGUUUUUGGAGUCUCCUGAUGUGUUUGAAGUGUGCUGGGAGGGUCUUCCUCUGUUGUUGCUGCUUGGGUGGGUAGGUGGGUGGGGGUGGGAUGUGAGUGGGCAGGGUUCAUUGCAUGGGCUGGAGGUGAAGGAAGUCAGCAGUGCUGGCAGCCAUCUGGGUUUGCUGUUCACCACGGUGCAGUGUUUGUACAGGCUGUGGGUAUAGUGACAGAUGGAAUAUGGAUACUAGAACUUCUAUCUGAACUGGGAACUGCCUCAGUCUUGGAACAAACAGUGCAAGAUUCACUCCAGACUAGCUGCUUUCAGUGUGGAUGUGUAGCCUUGUGCUAAGUCAGCAAAAGUAAAGGGUUAACAGGAGCAUAGUCUACUCUGCAGUCGUAACUUUCAGCUGUAAAACAGUUUGCACACAUCAGCUGGGGCUGGACUCUGCUUUGAAGAAUUGCUGUUUGAUGCAUUGCGACUGUUGAGGCGGGUAUCAGCAAGGAGUCUUGUCGCUAGAGAUGGAGCAGAAAGUAAGCAAACUCGGCUUUGGUUUUCAACGCAGUUCUACUUCAGACGAUGAUUCUGGCUGUGCUUUGGAAGAAUAUGCCUGGGUUCCACCUGGGCUUAGGCCAGACCAGGUACAGCUGUACUUUUCCUGUCUGCCUGAUGAAAAGGUUCCUUAUGUGAACAGUCCCGGAGAGAAAUACCGAAUCAAACAGCUCUUGUACCAACUGCCUCCUCAUGAUAAUGAGGUAAGAUAUUGCCAGUCCCUUGGUGAGGAGGAAAAGAAAGAGUUGCAGAUGUUCAGCGCACAGCGCAAAAAAGAGUCGCUUGGAAGGGGCACGAUUAAACUGCUUCCAAGAGCGCUGAUGCACACAGUCUGUGAACAGUGUGGAGAGAACAUCAAUGGAUGUGAAAUUGCAGUCUUUGCAUCAAGAGCAGGUCCUCAGCUCUGUUGGCAUGCAGCAUGUUUUGUUUGCGCAACCUGCAAUGAGCACCUCGUUGAUCUCAUCUAUUUUUACCAAGACGGAAAAAUUCACUGCGGCAGGCACCACGCUGAACUUCUGAAACCCCGCUGCUCUGCAUGUGAUGAGAUAAUCUUUGCUGAUGAGUGCACAGAGGCUGAAGGCCGCCACUGGCACAUGAAGCACUUCUGCUGCUUUGAGUGUGAAACUGUUCUCGGUGGGCAGAGGUACAUCAUGAAGGAUGGACGUCCAUACUGCUGUGGCUGCUUUGAAUCCCUUUAUGCAGAGUAUUGUGAGGUCUGCGGAGAACAUAUUGGUGUCGAUCAUGCCCAGAUGACUUAUGAUGGACUACACUGGCAUGCUACUGAAACAUGCUUCUGUUGCUCCCAGUGCAAGACCUCCUUGUUGGGAUGCCCAUUUAUGCCCAAACAAGGAAGGAUUUACUGCUCCAAAGCCUGCAGUGUGGGGGAAGACAUUCAUGCUUCUGAUUCCUCCGACUCUGCUUUUCAGUCUGCAAGGUCGAGAGAGUCCAGGCGUAGCGUGCGUAUGGGCAAAAGCAGCAGAUCCGCCGAUCAGUGCAGACAGUCCUUGCUGUUCUCUCCGGGUGUGAACUACAAAUUCCCAGGCUUUUCUGUCAACGCUGAUGACACCUUGUCCCGUAAAUUAGAUGGCCUAAGUCUCUCUCGGCAAGAAACCAACCUAACAGACGAUCAUUUUUGGAAGAAUCGUGAGGAACAGGAAGUCCCUGAGGACCACGAAGAAUGGGCUGAGCAUGAGGACUACAUGACACAGUUGCUUCUGAAGUUUGGAGACCGGGGCAUUUUCCAGCAGUCUGAGGACACUAGACAAACAGACUUAUGGGUGUCUGACAAUGGGAUGAAACUGAAAUCUGAAUCCAAAACCAAUAGCCAAAAUCAAAGCCUUGCAAGCAAGAAAUACCAGUCUGAUAUGUACUGGGCUCAGUCACAAGACGGCUUGGGGGAUUCUGCGUAUGGUAGUCACCCAGGACCUGCCAGCAGUAGAAAGAUCCAAGAGCUAGAGAUGGACCAUGGCGCAGCUAGCUAUAAACAUGACCAAAAGCAGUGGUAUGACGACUCCUUAGAAUGUAUUACAGAUGAACUCAAACAGCCUGAACACAGUGUCAGAGACUCCAUGGAUUCUUUAGCUCUAUCUAAUAUUACUGGAGCGUCGGUGGAUGGAGAUAGCAAGCAGAGGCCUUCCUUGUAUUCUCUACAGAACUUCCAGGAACUUGAAAAUGAGGACUGUGAAAAAAUGAGCAACAUGGGGACAUUGAAUUCCUCAAUGCUUCACAGGAGUGCCAGUUCCUUAAAGAGCCUGACUUCUGAGCUAGAGCAGGAAGAAGUGUCGCUGCCAGAAGAAAAACCAAAGCCGAUUCACAUGCCGAUGCUUCGCAGAUCCAAGUCUCAGUCAAGGCCCCAGCAAGUGAAGUUUUCGGAUGAUGUCAUUGACAAUGGACAUUAUGAGACAGCUGAGGUCCGCCAGCCUCCAAUGAGUGAAAGGACUCGACGGAGGGCCUAUCACUUUGACGAGCCGGGCCAGCGACCACGCCAUCAUCACCAUAGGCACAGGAGGAGCCGGAAAUCUCGUUCUGACAACGCACUUCACCUGGCAGCCGAAAGGAAGCCCCACCCCAAGGAGAGAUCCCUUAUUUACAACCCAGAGGAUUACGGCAAAAUGAUGCAGACCAAGUGUCAACGGGACGUUCGGGCCUACAUGCACAAUCCAGAGCUGUAUGGACCGUAUUCCCAUGCCGUGGUGCAGAACCAGGUACCAGAUACAUUUCUCGGGCUGUAUGGAGACGAGGAAACUUGGUGCUCCACCUGUUCUUCUUCUUCAUCAUCUGACUCUGAAGAAGAAGGGUAUUUUCUUGGGCAGCCCAUUCCACAGCCCAGGCCACCACGAUACAAUUAUUAUACAGAUGACCUUACCGGUCCAGUGUCGGCGUUGCCAGUAUCCCAACGUGGGAAAAGGACAACUAAAUCAAAAAAGAAGGGACGCAAGGGCAAAAAUUGCAUCAUUUCAUAGACCAGUGUAUUAAGGAACCUGUUUUAUCCCUUGUUACCCCUGUGGACUAGUAUUCAUGUUGCACACAAGUUGAAUAACAGAGCAGUUUUUUUUUUUUUUCAAUGCAGCUGUUACUUUUAUUUUUUUUAACCAGGUUUACAGUCUGUAUGAGUAUUUUAAAUGAUAUGGAAUUACCCCACUUGACCAUGUAACACGAUGUUAAUGCAUAUGGGUCUCGCAAGCAAACGGAUGAAAACGAAGGGUUUUCUAGUUAAAAAUUCGGCUAAAUAAAGCAAGCAUUAAACACAGCAGCAUUUAGUAAUUUCCUAUCCUUUGUAUUUAUAAUGUAGCUAUUAGUGACUAACUGUGUCCCUGUAACCCUGUGUGUGAUGGGACAGUGUAAAUACCCUGGUAAAUAACCAAGGCCUUGUUAGGUCACAGGACUUCAUUUACAGGGUAAGCAUUGUAAACAGAUCAAUGUAAUUUGUAUAAAUGUAAAAACUGGAACAUAUGGAUAAGGAUAAUAAAAGCGGAUAAUGUGA